UGGGUAUAAAAUUUACCUGUUGAGAACGGUGAAUGCUAGUUGUGAAGUAAGUUGUUAAUUGACAUUUAUUUGUGUAUUAAAAUGUGCUAGAAAUGGUCAUAAUGGGAUUUGACAAUAGAUUUAGGGCUUAUAAAGGGAACUGUAUAGGUUUUAUUGGAAACUAUAAUGCUUUUUUAUGGGUUUCUACUCUCUACUGGUAAUGUGUUGGGAUUUAUUAAUCCUGCUGUAAGACCCAAAACUACACAAAUGCUAUUUUAUAAAGGUUUUAAUGUCAAUUCCUUAAUACAGACCCGCACCUGAAGUUCGACAUAAUAAUCCUGUUCAAGUUUGGAAUUCAUGCUUACAAUGUGAAUAGACUCAAUACAUCUUUACUUUCAGCUGGGUGCAAAUUAUGUAUGCAAAACAUAUUAUUUUGGUCCAGAACUGUAACAGGUUAAACAUCAGCCUCAAAAUGGCUAAUAGUGCUUUUGCAUCAUUACACAUUUUAUAACAGCAUGUUAUAUUUCGUAGUUUUAAGACAAGCUAUAGGCAUUCCCUAGAAUCCCUACAAAAUAGAAUUAAAACAUUGUAACGUCUAGUAUGUUUAUGUUAAUGACAUCAGUAUAAUUGGGAUAAUUCAAGCAAAAAUGUAAAUUCUGUCAUCAUCUUUACUCACUCCCUUGUCAUUUCAAAUCUGUAUGACUUUCUUUCUUAAGCAGAACACAAAAGAAGAUAUUUUGGAGAAUGUCGGAAACCAGACAACGAAAGUAUCCAUUGACUUGCAUUGGUUUUGUGUCUAUACAAUAGAAGUGAAUGGGUACCACCGUUUUUACCACCAUUUUCAAUAUAUCUUUUUUAUUCUGCAGAAUAAUGCUAUACAGGUUUGAAAUGACUAAAAGGCUAGUAAGUCAUAACAGGAUUUCAAUUCAAUUUUUCGGUGAACUUUCCCUUUAAGUCACUUGUUGAUGGUAUUAUUUCCUGAUCAUUUCUGUCAGAAGACAGAAUCAUUUCCUGAGCCUGAAAUGAAUUAUUCACAGGACCCGUGUUGAAAUCAUGAAGUGACACCCAAACAUGAGUAACAGCCCACUCACAUACUCAAGAGAGCGAGUGUUCUUCAGUCCAAUGCAGACUUGAUUUUUUAGUGAAAGAAAAUAUUUCUCAAUAUAAUGCUAUUAUACAUUAUAUUUAUAUAUAAUGUAUAAUAUAAAUAUGAAUAGUUGUGAAUCGAUUAUGACUAUAUUGACCUCCAUUUUGAUUGUACACACCAUAUCUGUAGUAGCAGCAUGAUUGUUUCCGUAACGGGAACACAUUGUAAGAACAAAAGACAUUUAAGCGUCACAAAUAAACCUUAACCCCAUGAAACAUUUCAGAUAGAAGGCAGGAAGUCUUCCAGAAUUCAAAGCACAGAAUACACUCAAACACAGGGGGUCUCAUUUCCAUUUUAAUCAGCUUUUAAACAGAAAGAAGGCAGCUUAAGUCAUUACACCCGCAUACAAUUCACAAAAAGAACAUAAAAAUCAACAACGUUUGCUCUUGCUUGUUGUUUAUGCGGGUGUGUAGGAUCUGUAAAAAGACACGAGAAGCAUAAGAGCAUCCGGCCUGACCCAUAAUGGGUGUUUCUUUCCCUCAGUGUGACCAGGCAUCGCUCCAGUGUGUAUUGGUGAGGAAGUUAGCCGAUGACAAAGAGCUCAGAGGAAGGAUCGUGGAAACCGAGGCAUAUUUAGGUGGGGAGGACAAGGCGUCCCACUCGGCAGGAGGAAAACGUACAGAGAGGAACACCGCCAUGUUCAUGGAGCCUGGAACCAUCUAUGUCUAUCCCAUCUACGGCAUGUACCUCUGCAUGAACGUGUCGAGCAGAGGGGAGGGGGCGGCGGUGCUUCUGCGCUCAUUGGAGCCUCUGAGCGGUCAGGACGUCAUGAGGGGCCUGCGAGCAGCCAAACGCAAGGAAGGAGCCAAAACCCUUAAGGACAAAGAACUGUGCAACGGCCCAUCCAAGUUGUGCCAAGCACUAGAUAUACAGCGCUGCUUUGACCGCAGGGAUCUGGCCACCGAUACAGACGUGUGGCUUGAGAGGGAACCAGAAGACGACUCUGUUUGUGACAGAGAGGUGGUGUCUGCCCCGCGGAUCGGAGUCGAGUCGCAUGGGGAAUGGGCUAUGAAACCACUGCGCUUCUAUUUGAGAGGCCACCCGUGUGUGAGCGUGCUGAACAGAGACGCAGAGCGUCAGAUGGGCUCACAGUCUUGCACAGACUCGUCUGUUUUGGGACUUUGCAAGACGGAAAGGACAGUCUAAUAAUUUUUCAACAGUUCCGAGUGUGUGUUUUUGCUUAAUAAAAACAUGGUUUUUAAUUAAAA